AUGGCCGCAGUAUCCUCCACCACCGUAAUACAGAACGAUGGCUCUCGAAGCCAGAGAGUCGACCCAGGUCUUCUCACUGUACUCGCCGACUACGAUAUUCAUCAAUCAACCCCCGGCCCUAACGAUACUGAGGGAGAUAUUUUAGUUGGAGGACACACGCUUCGUCAACGCCAGCCGGAUGACUUCGAUCCAACGCUUGCUGCUCAUCCUACCGUCCCAUAUGCUGUUUCCAAUCCGCCAUGGUGGGAUAACAUCAACAGAAGGGUCCCACCCUACCGGCCUGCGAACCGAGAGCUAGAUAUGGAAGAGAGGCGCCAGAAUCCCGUCUUUCAGCUCGUGGGAAGGAUCAUGAUCACUGGGUGCAUGACGAUUGCCUCUGCGAGCUGGGCUUGGAGAAACACUGUAGGGAGAUACACAGACAUUGGAUUGAACAAGGUCGGCGGGGAAUGGUGA